CUCACCAAAGUAAGAGCACUCAGCGGCUGUUCUUUCUCAAUGCUUCUCAGGGUCGCAUUGGUCACAUUGCUGGAAUAUCCAAUGGCAAAUGUUGAGAAGUAAUGGCAAAUGUUGAGAAGAAGAAGACUUCAGUUGUUACCGUGGUGCUCCUGAAAGUCUUCUGGGGCUGACAGAUGCCACUCCAGAAGGUUAAUAAGAUGAAGGCAGCUCUCCCAGCUGGACCAUAAGAGGGAUUAUGUCUGAGCAGUAGAUAAACGGCUUAUUCCAGAAACAGACACUGCUUUUUUUGUUGUUGUUUAAACUUCGUCACUCUUCUCCGAAUUCUCACUCCAGUCCGACUUUCAUUCUAUUUGGGCAAGAGGUGGUGUGAGCUUGGGGUUUGCUCAACUUCUGGAUUCCCCAUCUGUGGUCACUUACCGAAUGAGAGGACAUUCCGAACACUUCGGUCUUAGGACAGCUGGAAUUGUGUGUGGUUUUGUCUCCUUAAAAGCAACCCACUUAUUCGGCCAAAUCAGCCCCCUGCACAACCAUCCUUGAAAAUUGUGAAUGGUUAAAAAAAGCAGCAUGCAUUUGAAAACGGGAUUCCUAUUUCUUGUAAUUUGCCUUGCGCUCCAAGUCCAAGGAAGCACAGAAACUCCAAAUAAAAUUAAUCGUGAUGAAGCCAAACUACUUGCAGAUACUUCCGGGUUUGAUAAGUCAGAAAGAACUACAAAGAGGUCUAGAGUGUCAACUAUCCGCAGGAUAUUUGAUAUGGCCAAACAUCGAACAAAAAGGUCUUCUUUUUUCCCAACUGGAGUGAAAGUUUGCCCUCAAGAGUCAGUGAAGCAGAUUUUAGCAAGCCAUCAAGCUUAUUAUCGGCUAAGAGUUUGCCAAGAAGCUGUAUGGGAAGCUUUCCGCAUUUUUCUGGAUCGGAUUCCAGAUGCAACAGAAUAUCAGAAUUGGGUCACAGCUUGUCAGCGGGAAACAUUCUGCAUAUUCGAUAUUGGGAAAAAUUUCAGUAAUUCUCAAGAGCACCUGGAGAUAAUUCAGCGGCGAGUAAAGCAUAGGACCUUCCAGGAUAGAAAAGAGGAAAUUUCUACAGAGAAAAUCAGUGGCAAAAAACCUGAAGAACCUCCUUCUCUUGCUACAGCACCUACCGGCACCCUGGUGAAUGAGAUUGUCAAUGACACCAAGAUUCCUAUGAAGGAGAUAAAGCCAGAGGUUCCUAACAUAGUCUCUGAACGUCCUGUUGAACAGAUGGUGGAAUUCAGUGUAACCCUCACCAACCAGGAAUACACCCCAGAACUGAGUGAUCCUACAACCCCUCAGUACCAGAAAUUAGCUGCAAAAUUCCAGCUUCAGAUGCAAAAAAUAUUUGAGAAACUUGCAGGAUUCAAAGAGAUCCGUGUCUUAGGAUUUAGACAGAAGAAAGAAAAGGAUGGGACAAGCAGCACCAUUGCACGAUAUGUCGUCAACUUUGAAAGAGAUGAAAGUGAAGUGAAAGGCCUUCCGGAUGAGAUCUCUACUAUUGGGUCCAACAAAGUUGAAAGUGAAAAAGCUCCUCUUGAUACAGAGGGGGAGAUACCGGCAGUCAAACCAAGCGUGACAGACCUUCAGCAGAUGGUUGCCAUGGCACUACAAGAAGAUAAAUCAUUAUCCAUGGACCUUGGGACACUUCAGUUUACUGAUGCCGAGGUUAGGCCAUCUAGUGACGCAGACAACGCACUCACUGAAGCUGCAGCUGGACCUGGAUUGGAAGUUAGUGAUCAGAAGAGCGAAGAUGAGCGGAUGCAAGACCAGAUCUCUAUCAUAGACUCACAGAUCAUCCCUGGGGAAGAUGUAAAGAUUGCAGGCCAGCCAGAAUCUUCAGGUGACGACUUGUUAUCCGCACUGAGUACACUGCCCUACUUCAUUGGUUCCCCAGGUCUUCCCUCUGUUUCUGAAGAAGAUGUUUUCGGCCCAACAGAACAAAUCAUUUUGGUGCCAGCAGUCACUACAAGUGAGCCCUCAGCUGUCAUUGACCAGUUUUUGGAAGCAACGGAUUCUGCAUGGGUAACACCAACCGAAAGUGGAUUUGAAAUGGGCAUUGCCACUGAACUGGGUGCAAUUGACCUGAUGAGCCCAGCAACACUGGAGGAGGAGGGAAGUGGCUACUUUGCCCUGCCAGAAACCCCAGAUGUGACCCCAGUUCCUCCAUUGAAAUAUGUGACUACAAGCUCCAUGACAACAGCAGCCAAAGGCAAAGAGUUAGUGGUGUUCUUCAGCCUAAGAGUCACCAACAUGCACUUCUCUGAUGACCUCUUCAACCGGAGCUCUGCAGAAUACAAAGCACUUGAACAGCAGUUCAUGCAACUGUUGCUUCCAUACCUACAGUCCAACCUUACAGGAUUUAAACAACUGGAAAUACUUAGUUUUCGCAAUGGAAGCGUGAUUGUCAACAGCAAAAUGAAGUUUGCCAAGUCAGUGCCAUACAACAUCACGGAGGCUGUCCAUUGUGUGUUGGAGGACUUUUGCGAUGCAGCAGCUCAGCGUCUUAACCUCGAAAUCGACAGCUAUUCACUUGAUAUUGAGCCAGCUGAUCAAGCAGACCCUUGCAAGUUCAUGGCAUGUGAUGAAUUUUCACGGUGUGUAAAGAAUGACUGGACUAAAGAGGCAGAUUGUCUUUGCAAACCUGGUUAUGUACGAAAAGAUGGACUGCCAUGCCAGAGUCUGUGUGAGAUCGAGCCACAGCUGUGUGUUAAUGGCGACAAAUGUGAAUUGGUUCCAGGUAGAGGAGCGGUCUGUAGAUGCCCAGUACAUAGAAACAGAGAGCGUUGUUCAAAAUACACUCCAGCACCUAUCCGAUCCAACAUCUCCAAAGCUGUGAUGCUAGGCUUAUUGUGCCUUAUUUUUCUGUUCAUCACGUUAAUAAUUAAGUUGCGAAGGAAAUGCAAAUGCAAGACUAAUGUGGCAGGUCCUCCUCUCAGCCCAUACAGUCCAGAGAAUGCUGUAAGAAUUAAUCCCGCUUUUGAUCACGAUGAACCCAUCAAUAGUUUUUGCCGUGGGCCAUGUAGCGUAAGUGCUUGCAGCAAUUCUUCAGAGAGCAGUGAUCAAGGGACAUUACAAAAUAAUGAACACACAGCAGAGAAUGGAGGCCACCAGACGCAGAGCAAAGACUGACAAGUUAGUAUAUGAAGCCUCAAAUUCCAGCCACGACCAGAGGAUCUAAAGCAAGAGGACCUCUUGUGAUAUUCACUCACCAAAGGAGUCUUUGAGAAGAGCAGCAUCAAAGACUUCAGAAGGCUACCAAUCUAUUUUCCCCAUAAAGGCAAAGAACACUUUAACUGAAGUUUAUUUUUGCUAUAAAAAGUGGCUGCAUCUACUGUCCUCAGAACUGCUGAAUUUCAUUAUCCGUAAUACACAUUAUCAAAAAUACAGUGCUAAAUAUAUUUAAUAACUGUACAGUGUUUAUAUAUUAAAUAUUUUUUGUUAUUUUAAAGCUUAGGUGCAGAUGCAGAAGUUUGUGCUGGAAAUGUUAAAACUUAUGGUAUUCUAUCCCAAAUUCUGAAAAGGGCAGCAAAAUGGUUUAUAUAUAUAUAUACUAAAUAAUGGGGAAAGAAAUGUGUUAGUAAAUAUUUUAUGUGUAAUGACAGGAGGUGCAUAAUACAGAGAUUGAAAGCUUAUUCAAAGGGUGCAACAUGAUUUUUGAUAAUGCUUAAUUUCUCAGCCAGUUGUCAGGUUUUAGCCUUAGUAUACAAUGAUAUUCAAUAAAAUAAAACAUAUAUUCAAAUUACUAUUCUUCUUUACCUGAAACAAAUGCUCUGUAAAAUAUUGGUUUUAGAAUUAGCCAGUAUACUUUGCAUUUUGUAUAAGAGGAGAUGCAUUUGAUGUUACCCAGACUUUGGAGAUUAUUGGGUUGGCAAAAGCUGCAACAUACCAUGUACAAUACAGUCUUCACAAUACAGUGUUCCCUCAUUGCGGGGGUUACGUUCCAGGACCACCCGCGAAAAGUGAAAUCCAUGAAGUAGGGACCCUAUAUUUGUAUUGUUUACAAGUAGCGUCUCUGUCCCCUCCUCGCCUCUCAAGCACGUGCAUGCACACUCCCGCCGCUGCCGCUGCCUUGUGAGGUGAAAACAAAACUGCUUCAGCCUCCUUUUCUCUCCCUAUCUUAGGCUUCUCCUUAGGAAGGAAGUAGAAAGAGGGAUUUAUAAGGGAUUUAUAAUAUUAUUUUUUGAUUUAUACUAUUUUAUUGUUUAUUAAAAACCCGUGAAACAGCGAGGGCGCAAAAAGUGAACCGCGAAGUAGUGAGGGAACACUGUACACCAGAACCAAAACACUCAUGUACAAGACUUCUCACUUAGCAGCAUCCAGGCACACCUAGUAUGUAGUUGUUAUUUUAAACUAUAGUACUAUACAGUAAACACUACACAAAAGGAACAACCUGUUCUGCUUUUAAAGAUCAAGUAUUUUGGAUGCUUGAAACAAAGUGGGUAGUACCCGGAAGAGAGUCACAUGUUAGAGGGGCUGAAGUGUAUUUGUAUUUUACCAGCUCACUUCAGAUGUUCUAAAGAAGCAAAGAAAGAGGCAGCACAGCUCAUACUACACUUCCUCUCCCUCUCCGUUUGUACAAAAUGUCCAAAGCCACAAUACCUUUCAAGUAGAUGUGCUUAGGAACAGAGCUCUAAGUGGCAGUAUUUUACUGGGGUUUAACAUUGCUUACUUCCUUACUGAAAAGCAGGUUUUACUUCCAUUAUCAAGUGCAUUUCUGCUCUGGGUAUAAUCCAUGGUACCCCGAACCACCUCCUUCCUGUGUGCAUUUAGGUAUUACAGCUUAUCCAAGCAGUAAAAUGGUUAAUUGCAUUUAAGAUAUGUUUACUAUUCAGAGCCAUUAUUCAUAAAAGCUGAGCUAAUCUUUACGUAUUUAUUUUUCCAUGAUGUUAAGAAAAUUGCCUACCAAGUUACAUUCUCAUGUGGCUCGUAGAUGUUACAUUAGAAGUAGGUGUCCCAGACGUUGGUGGUCGUUUUUUAUUUUUGAGUUGAGUUUACAGUGCUUAGUGGUAUAAUAUUCCUUAUGUAUAAAUGAAGAAUCUUGAAAUCACUGGGGAGCCUACAUGGAAGCCAAGGUACUGUUUCACAGCUUAGAUGACAUUUCUAGGAAAUACCUGCAGAGACGUCUCAUCUCAGACACACCGGGUAUUCCUGGUGGCUAUAGAAGUUAGACUUCUCAAGGUUGUCACUAUAUUUUCACUUCAGAACUAUUUUUUGUAUGUGUUUAUUCAUACCAAUUUCUACUAGCCAAGCAAUAGUAGUCAUUUUUACACUUUAGUUUUAAUAAUGAAACAAUUGUUCUUGACUAUAAUUUACCAAUAUCCAAUAUAAAUUACCAAAUAUCUUUGCUGGAUGAGAAUGUUUUCUAUUUCAAUAAAACAAUAAAAUUAUUUAACUGGA